UACUUCUACUACUCUUCUCUAACCUUAUUAUUCCCUCACCCGUGAUGUAGUCAUGCCAUCACUUCUCUCUCUAUAUAUGCUUCAAACAAUUCAAUUCUCAAAAGCAAUAUAAAGCAGCUACCAUACCAACACACACAGUGAAGGGGGGAGGUUCAAGAAUUAUUAAGGCAGGGAAGAAGAGAUUAAUAAAGUGAGUAAUUCCACUGAAAUUGAUCAAGUUUAUUUAUUUAUAGAGAUGAAAGGAAAUGAAAUAGAAGUUGCAUUUAUGGGUGAAGAGAGUGAGGAGUAUUUACAAACAGUUUGUGUUCUUGAUGCAUCCACCUUUGUGGGCUACUGGAUCUUGAAGAAACUCCUCCUUAAAGGCUAUAUUGUUCAUGCUGCUGUCCAGAAUACUGGAGAGAAAGAAAUUAUAAACAAAGUCAAGGAUUUGCAGAAAACAGUGAAGGAGAAACUGGUGAUAUAUAGUGUGGAUGUGUUAAGUUACAGAAGCAUUGUUGAAGCCCUUAGAGGCUGUUCUGGUCUUUUUUGUUCCCUUGACAAUCCAGAUGGCUAUGAUGAAAUGGUUGCAGAUUUAGAGGUUAAGGGCAUAAUUAAUGUGAUGGAGGCAUGUGCACAAAGUGACAGCAUACAGAAAGUUGUGUUGACCUCAUCUUUAACAGCAGCCAUUUGGACAGCCAACAUCUCUUCUCUCAAGGGUGUGGAUGAAACAUCAUGGAGCAACACAGAUUUUUGCAUAAAAAAUAAGCUAUGGUAUGCCCUUGCAAAGACAAAGAGUGAGCAGGCAGCAUUGGCACUGGCUAUGGACAGAAUGGUGAACAUGGUGUCCAUAACCGCGGGCCUAGUGAAUGGGCCGGGUGUUGCUCAGCUGAGCUCUGCCCCUACGCUGUCGUAUCUCGAAGGCGCGGCAGAGAUGUAUCAAAAUGGAGUGUUGGCUGUGGUUCAUGUUGAGUUUCUUGCGGACGUUCAUAUUCGGGCUUUCGAGGAUCAGUCCACAUGCGGGAGAUACUUUUGCUUCAACACAACCGUAACUUGUGAGGAAGAUGCUGUUAGACUUGCACAGAGUUUGACUCCUUUGAUUCCCUUACCCCCUGCAAGGUACAAAUGCCAAUCAAGUGAGGUUUAUGGUGAGAGAUUAAUGACCAAGAGGUUGAACAAGCUGGUAGAGGGUGUAACAGCUAUUGCAUGUUAGGAGGCUUCACACCUUCAAUUGGAUUAUUACGUGCAUACGUUUACCUGCUGAUGAUGGUUAGAGAGCGUAAAUGGAGGAGGCUUGUCAUUAAUAAUUUGUGUUCUUUUUAUCGUUGAGGAAAUUAAUGAUUUGUGUUUGAAAAUAGUUUGUUGAAAAUAAAAUAUGUGACGUUUGUAGUUUGUCUCUAUUUUGUCUUACAAAGAAGACCCUUUUUUUUUUUUUUUUUUUUUUUUUUUUUUGAAGACAAAGAAGACCCUUUUAGUAACCGCAUUUUCUGAUUGAUGGUUCUUAAAUGGAG